AUGUCUGAGGAAAUACAAUCAGGGUCAUCGACAGAAGACCUCGAUGGUCAAACUGUGAAAGGGUCCGUUGAUCCAAAUACUAACGUUGAUGAACUGCGUUCAAACAUCAAUGCAAAGCUAGAAAACCCACUACGUGGCUUUACAACAAGGGAGCUUGCCGCAAAAGGGGAGGCUUAUUGCAGAGACAAUGGCAUCAGUGAUGAAGAGGACAUCAGAGCCUUCCGUCUAGGCGCUGUCAUUGCCCAGAAUUUCGAGCUCUAUGCGGACUGCGAAGGCCUCACUCCUGACGAGAACGACGCGUUGGAAUCUGAAAUUGAGCAUAAAUGGCGCCAACCAUGGUACCUUUGGCUCAUCGUUAUACUCUGCUCAAUAUGUGCCGCUGUGCAAGGAAUGGAUGAAACUGUCGUAAACGGCGCCCAGAUCUUCUACUCCAUACAAUUCGGAAUCGGAAACAAAACAAGCUCAAGAGACUCUUGGCUUGUCGGUCUUGUCAACUCUGCCCCGUAUCUUUGUUGCGCUUUAAUCGGUUGCUGGCUCACUGUCCCUAUGAACAAGUAUCUUGGGAGAAGAGGGACUGUCUUUUGGACCUGUGUCAUAUCCGCUGUAGCCUGUUUUGCGCAAGCCUUUACAAAUAACUGGUGGGGCAUGUUCGUCGCUCGCUUUGUCCUUGGAUUUGGCAUUGGACCCAAAAGUGCAACUGUACCUAUCUAUGCAGCCGAAUGCGCUCCACCAAAAAUUCGGGGAGCGCUUGUAAUGCAAUGGCAGAUGUGGACAGCAUUUGGUAUUAUGCUCGGAUUUGUUGCUGAUCUCGCCUUUUAUCACGUGCCUGACAGAUCGGGGAUCAUUGGCCUUAACUGGCGUUUGAUGAUGGGCUCUGCAAUGUUCCCAGCUGUCAUCGUUUGUUGCUUUGUGUUCAUGUGCCCUGAGUCUCCACGAUGGUACAUGAGUAAGAACCGCCACCAAAAAGCAUACCAGUCAAUGUGCUCUUUACGAUACAAUAAGAUUCAAGCAGCUCGUGAUAUCUUUUACAUGCACACUUUAUUAGAGAUUGAAAAGGAGACUAUGGUCCUCAAGAAGAACCCGAUCUUGGAACUCAUCAAAGUUCCACGCAACCGUCGUGCUUUCCAGGCUUCGGAGAUCGUGAUGUUUAUGCAACAGUUCUGCGGAGUAAAUGUAAUUGCAUAUUACAGCAGUGAGAUCUUCUUGGAAUCCGGCUUCGACGAAAUCAGAGCUCUUUCCGCCUCCCUAGGUUUCGGCAUCAUCAAUUUUCUUUUUGCUCUUCCAGCAGUCUGGACAAUCGACCGAUUCGGCAGGCGCAACCUUCUCCUCACUACCUUCCCUAUCAUGUCCCUCUGUCUCUUCUUUACCGGCUUCAGUUUCUGGAUCCCAGAGGGUUCAACUGCAAAAGUCGCUUGCAUCGCUCUAGGUAUCUAUAUAUUUGGUAUAUUUUACUCACCCGGCCCCGGUCCUGUACCAUUCACCUAUUCCGCUGAAGCAUACCCGCUUUAUAUCCGUCCUCUCGGAAUGUCCUGCGCCACGGCCACGACCUGGUUCUUCAACUUCGUCUUGUCGAUCACCUGGCCUUCCCUCCUUAAAGCGUUCAAACCACAAGGUGCAUUCUCCUGGUACGCGUGCUGGAAUAUCAUCGGUUUCCUAGGCGUUUUAUUCUUCGUGCCUGAGACCAAGGGGCGCUCGCUUGAGGAGCUGGAUCAGGUAUUCAGUGUUCGCACGAGAGACCAUGCUGCGUAUGGCGCUAGACAAGUUGGGUACUUCAUUAAUAGGUAUAUAUUGAGAAAGGAUGUUGAGCCUGAGGACUUGUAUGCCUUGAAGGAGGUUGAGCACCGUCCUGAUAGCUAUCAAACGGAGAAGCCUACGGAUCCGGUGGAGAGGGUUUAG